AUGUCCUCAGACGAGAAGCCAGAAGUGGUGGCGACCGUGACACCGACCGAGUUUUUCGAAACCAUUGGCAGCAAGGUUGAGGGCCUCGCACCGGCCGCCACCAACGGCGACGCCCCAGCGACGGAGGAAAAUGACGAGCCAAGACCUGUCGAGGAAAUCGAGUCCUUGUGCAUGAACUGCGGCGGGAAUGGCGUCACCCGACUCCUCCUCACCGCGAUCCCGUACUUCCGCGAGGUCGUCAUCAUGUCCUUCUCCUGCGAUCACUGCAACACGCAAAACAACGAAAUCCAAGCCGCCGGCACCGUCCAGCCAAAGGGAACACACUACGAGCUGCGCCUGACGUCGGUGGCCGACUUGAGCCGUCAAGUCGUCAAGUCGGACUCGGCGACGGUCAAGUUCAUCGAGCUUGACCUCGAGAUCCCCGCCGGCCGCGGCCAGCUGACCAACGUCGAAGGGCUCCUGCGCUCCGUCGUCGACGACCUCGAGAUGGGGCAGGAGGCUCGCAGGGAGCAAAUGCCGGAACAGUAUCCCAAGGUUGCCGAAAUCAUCACCAAGGGUCACGCCAUGCUGGCCGGUGAGUCCUUCCCCUUCCGUCUCUUCGUCGACGAUCCGGCCGGCAACUCCUUCAUCGCCCCGGACAUGAAGGACGGCGUCGGCAAGUGGGAGAAGCGCGAGUACGUGCGGACGCCGGAGCAGAACGCCGCCCUCGGCCUCGGCAACAGCGCCGGCAACGGCGUCGCUACCGACCUCGCCAAUCCGGGACUCACCCCCGACGGCGAGAUCAUCCCCAACGAAGUAUACAACUUUCCCGCCUCGUGCCCCGGCUGCAUGCACCCCUGCGUGACGCACAUGAAGAUGGUCGACAUACCCCACUUCAAGCAGGUCGUCCUCAUGUCCACCGUCUGCGACGACUGCGGCUACCGCUCCAACGACAUCAAGACGGGUGGCGAGAUCCCGUCGCACGGCGAGAAGAUCAUCCUCACCGUCGAUGACUCCACGGAUCUCGCCCGCGACAUCCUCAAGAGCGAAACGUGUGCCCUCGAGUGCCCCGAGCUCAAGCUCCAGGUCAACCCCGGCACCCUCGGCGGCCGCUUCACCACCGUCGAGGGUCUCCUCACCAACGUCCGCAACGAUCUCCACAGCCAAAUCUUCGAGUCUGGCGCCUCAGGCCACGGCGGCGACUCGCUUGCCACGUCUGAAAAGUCCGAAUGGGAUGCAUUCUUUGCCCGGCUCGACGAGGCCAUUCGCGGCGAAAGACCCUUCACCAUCAUCCUCACCGACCCUUUUGCGAGCAGCUUCGUCCAACCACUCGUCGACCCGCCCGCCCCCGACCCCAAGAUUCAAAGGGAAUCCUAUGUGCGCACGGAUGAGGAGGAGGAAGAGCUGGGGCUCAAGGACAUGAAAACAGAGGGUUACGGGGAAGCCGACGAGUCCGAAAAGCCCGACGAGCCGGCCGAGUGA